AUGUCGGAAAGCCGCGAUCGUGUAAGGCCGAACGAUCCACGCGGCGAACGUCACGGCACGAACCAGCCGUACGUCGGCGGAGGGUCCGAGCGGGUCGAGCAGAGCGCCAGCAACCUCUUCGACGAGCUGCGCGGUUGCGAGGAGGAAACCGCUCCGUUCCAGGACUGGCAAGGCAUCCCCAUGCCUGCGCUCAGCGACGAACUGGCGGUCGGCGGCGACGGCGUGGGCGUUGCUUCUGGGGCCGAGAUAAUCUUGGCAGUCUUGGCCGCUACGGGCGAGCUGAAUGCCCGUUUGCACGGGCGCGCGCCAAUCGACGGCGUGAUGGGGCUACGUUGUCCGGGUGAUCGCACCGGCCAGGGUCAGGGCAAGGGCGAGCUCGUGGCGGUCGAGGUUGACUGGUUGUCCCUGGCGACUGCGCGCGUCGGUAUCAAUCCAGCGGACAGUGACGCGCAGAGGAAGGCCGAGCGUGAAUUGAUGGCGGGCAAACAUCAGUGCCGAGUCUGCGUCAGCUUGCUCUUCCAGAACAGCCGCAGCGGCUGCCCGUUCGACGGGAAGCCUGUCGUGGCCGAGGGCGUCGCCGCGGCCGUGAACGCGUGGGCCGACCUCGAGUGCGAUCGCCGCAUCGAUCGGCUACGGCGGCUGCCUCUCAGGGCUCAUGGCAGCCUGCGCCGAAGGAACCAGCCCUUGCGCGAUCCCACGAUUCACGGACAGGCGCUGUCCAUCGCGUGGGGUGAGCUCCAGGGAUCCGCCCAGGCCACUGGCAAGGGCGCGCGCCCGCGCCCCGACUACAUCGCGCUGGUGCUACUCGCGCCCGUGAACGUGACGGGCGCCCGCGCUGGCAUGCAAAAGGUGGUGGCCGCGAACGACAAGGGCGCCCCCCGCGCGCUGGGCAUGCCAGACAGGGCUGUGUACUCCGUCCCCCGCAGCGGCGGGGGCAAGAAGCAAAUGCCCGGCGCCCAGACAGGGACCUGGCGCCAGCCGCCAGGGGACGCCGUCUACGUGGUGGGCGGCCCGCGCGAUGCGCCGAUGCCAGACGCAGGGCCACCUGCAGGAGACGCCCCCUCGGAGCGAGGGUCACUGGCAUCAUGGGCCAUGCCUUCAGCGUCCGAUGUGGCUGCCAUGCCAGCCGAGAUCGUUUCCGCCAUCGCGGGGGACCUUGCGCGCCGCGACCCGUGGGCGGCGGGGCCCGGGCUCCAGUCGGGCAUGCGGGGUGCCUGGGCGCCGGCCAGCAUCCUACGCGACGCCGCCGAUGACAUGGGCGUCAGGGCUUUCGAUUUGCGUCAGCACAUGACUGUCAUGAACCAGCAGCCUGGUCUGGUUGCGGGGAUGCGGGCGACUGGGCCGUUCGUCGCGCCGCGACAGCUAGGCCGGGCCAACGGCAGCCCGCCAGCGGGCUCGAGCGCGGGCGACCGGCCGCCGCCUGGCCACGGGCUACACAGCUCCAUCAUGGAGCUGCGGUGCCACUUGCAAUCGCAGGUGCCUUGGUUUCCAGAGUUCUUCGCCAAGCGCGACAACGCCCCCGUGGUCGGCGAGUGCGCUAGCGACAGCUUCAGCUUCUACAAGCCGCGCGGCCUCGCGAAUGAGACCGCGCCCUGCGACGUAGUGGCGCUCGGCCGCGAUGGCCGGGCCGCCAUUUUGCAGUGCGAGUCCAAUCUUGCCGCUGGUGCUGGCUGGCCUGGGCGCGUGCUGCUGUGGGCGGUGUUCCGCGACGGCCUCGCGGCGCGACGCGAGUCUGUCUCCUGUGGCGAGUAUAUGCGGAUCCGUUCUGCGUGGGCGGCCCGUGAGGGGCAGACCAGUUUAGUUUGGCCAGAGUUUCGUGUAUUCGUGACAGGGGCAGCUCAUCGUGUCUGGUUCGAGGUCGUCAAUGCCAUCGCGUCAGCCGCCGCCCAGGAGUGCCUACUGAUGUUCCAACGGGUCUUCGCGAUCCUCGGCUCGAUCUCGGCAUUCACGGCUAGUGUGGGCCAGCUGCCGACCGAGACCAGUUUUCAGGUCCCCGACCUAUGGGUCAUCGACAGGGAUCCCUUCGUUAAUGAGGAAAGGAAGGCCCGGCGCGCGAGCUGGGGCGGCACUGCCAUGGCUCAGGGCCUCAUCGCUUGGACGCUGGACAUGAGGCGUCGCAAGAGCCUGCGGGUUGCAGACAUAGCGCGCGCGAGGUCUCCUAUGAAUGAGGCGGCAGUCUCCGUGGCUGGAAAAAUCCGUGCCAUGCUUGCCGGCAAACUGAGCAUGCUCGUGGGCGUUGGUUCAAAUUUCAAUCUGCUCGGUUUUGCGCGGCCCGUCUAUUCCGCGAUGCCGCGCGAGGCCGACGCCCGCGCGACCCAGAUGGAGUAUCUCGCGGUGUACAUCGCGGCGGGGUCAGGCAAGAGACGCCUUCGCGACGCUUGGAGCAGGACACCGGCGCGGGCGCGCGCAUCGACGCCCACUUUGGAUCAGUGGGGCGCGCAGAUCUUCGCGGCCGUCGGCGUCGCGCGGGGCCGCUGGCGCAGGUCCGACAAGAGGCGCGGCAAGUCCGAUGUGAGGAGAUUGUACUACCUGCGGAUGCCCAUCUGCAGGGCUGGUGGUUGGGGCGCCUUCCUGCAGGGGAUGGUCGCGUUCAUUCCACGCCUUGUCGCGGUCCCGUUCAAUUUUCUAGGCGGCCCCGAGCCCAGUCUCGCCAUGGCAGCCGCGGAAGAGGAGCUUCCCGAUUUCGACGAGGACAACGACAAGGAGGCCAAGGAGGAGCCGAAAGAGGGAGACGACAAGAAGAAGGGCAGCUAUGCCAACAUUCAUGCCACAG